AAAAAGAAAUGGUUACUGUUCCAGGCACAGGGAAGAACUGGCUAAGAUACUUUCAGUAUGAAGAAAGAAGAGACACAGCAACCGACACAAGAAACAUUCUUCUAAUCGUGUUUACUUUGGUUGCUGCAGUGACAUUUCAGGCUGCAGUGAAUCCUCCCGGUGGAGUUUGGGAACAAACUGAGGGUGAUAAAAAAGCAGGAGAGGCAAUAUAUGCUUUGGAUAAAAAAGCUUACUAUGUUUUCCUCAUCUUCAAUACUUUGGCCUUUUCUAAUUCCAUGUUCAUCAUUCUGUCACUGACACAUAAGUUUCCUUUCCAUUUGGAGAUAUGGGCAGCCACUGUUUCGAUGUCUGUGAGUUAUGGAUCAGCCAUUUUUGCAGUCUCUCCAAAGGAUGCUAUCCAUUUACGCUAUGUCCUUAUCGCUGCUGCUGGGCCCUUUGCCCUUAGAUUUUUGGUUCUUAUGUUCAACUUGUUCUUAAGGAAGCAUUUGGUGAAGGAGACACACACUACACCAAACUCUGUGCAACUCUAGCAAGGACUUCAUUGUUUUUUCUAUAGUUUGGAAUGGAUUUUCGAUGAAAUACUCCAAAACUGUUAGCAUUCACAAUGGAUAAUUAUUUCAGCACUCUUCUAUUUCAGUAUAAAUAGUUUAUUGUACAAAACUAGGUCUGAGAUAGUUGAAAAUUUCUAUUUUUAUGUACUAGAAGAAUUCCA